UUUCAACCGUCAUUCAAUCUAUGCGCGCGCGCCGCGGCACCCGCCAACCAUAUUCCGCGCGCGAAAAUAUCCGCAAAUAUUUAUUUUUAUUUUACGAAAAUUCGCGCGUGUUAUAUUAAAAUACCUGUAUAGUAGCUUUUUAAUUUAUUUUAUUUUUGUUGCCGAAUUUCAAGUGCAGUGAUAUUUUUUUAAGCUGUGAUUUUUUGUCGGUGUUUCUUUGGAUUGCAAGAUGGGAUGUGCAAAGAUCCUUGCGGCGUUUCGGCGGUGUAAACAGCUGGACGACGGGAAGGUGUCUCAGCUCUCCCGAUGUCUGGGUCUGUUCGACCUGACCGCCCUGGGGGUCGGCAGCACCCUGGGGCUAGGAGUGUACGUCCUCGCGGGGGCUGUGGCUAAGAGUGUGGCGGGGCCCGCUGUUACCAUCAGCUUUCUGGUCGCUGCUAUCGCGUCUGCUUUUGCUGGUCUAUGCUACGCGGAGUUCGCAGCGCGCGUGCCCAAAGCGGGCUCAGCCUACGUGUACAGCUAUGUCAGCGUGGGGGAGUUCAUCGCCUUCACCAUCGGAUGGAAUCUCAUACUGGAGUACGUCAUUGGCACGGCCAGUGUCGCUAAAGGCAUGGCAAAGUACAUCGACAGUCUGUGCAACAACACGAUGGCCGAGACGAUGCACCGCCUGGCGCCCAUCAGCGUCUCCUUCCUCGCUGACUACCCUGAUGCGUUCGCCUUCGCGCUCGUACUUGUCAUCACCAUAUUGCUGGCUGUGGGUGUGAGCGAGUCGACGAAGCUGAACAACGUGUUCACAGCGCUGAACAUGAUCACCGUCGGGAUCGUCAUCGUCGCAGGCGCCAUUAAAAGUGAUCCAGCGAACUGGCGCAUAGACCCGACAGACAUACCAGAAGAAUAUAAAGACAAGGCAGGCGAAGGUGGCUUCAUGCCUUGGGGAGUAGACGGCAUCAUGAAGGGAGCAGCCACUUGUUUCUUCGGCUUCGUAGGAUUCGACUGCGUGGCCACCACUGGGGAGGAAGCGAAGAACCCCAAACGAGACAUACCACUGUCAAUCGUGUUGUCCUUGGUCAUCAUAUUCGUGUCUUACUUCAGUAUCGCGACUGUUUUGACUAUGAUGUGGCCUUAUUAUUUGCAGGACGCGGCAGCCCCCUUCCCCCACGUGUUCAUGGAACUAGGCAUGCCGGUCAUCAAAUGGAUCGUGACAAUCGGCGCCAUCUUUGCGCUGUGCACCAGCUUGCUGGGUGCAAUGUUCCCGCUGCCGCGCGUGCUGUACGCCAUGGGCAGCGACGGCGUGCUGUUCCGGCCCUUCGCCACCGUCCACCAACGGACCAAGACGCCGCUACUGGCUACCCUCAUCAGCGGGCUGCUGUCAGCUAUAAUGGCGGGGUUAUUCAACUUGGAUCAGUUGAUCAACAUGAUGUCCAUCGGAACGCUUCUCGCUUACACCAUUGUCGCUACUAGUGUCCUCAUUUUAAGAUACGAAGAGGAGUCGUCCCUGCAGCUCCCGUCGAAGCCGGUACCGGAGUCUGGCUACUCCAUCAUCAGGCAGACCUUCAACCUGCUCGGCCUCAAACACCCCACCCAGCUGUCUGCUAAUAUCGCCAAGGCUACCAUACUCAUCUUCUUCGUGCUGGUGUUGGUGACUUGCUUCAUGCAGCACCUGCUGGCGGGGAGUGUGGCACUGGACGCGACCCUGGCGGCGCUGGGCUGCGCGCUCGUGGUGCUGCUGGUGGUGCUGUACCGCCAGCCAAGAGUCGACACCAAGCAUCUCACCUUCAAGGUACCGCUGGUUCCGCUGGUGCCGUAUUUGAGCGUGUGUAUGAACGUGUACCUGAUGGCGCAGCUCGACUACCAGACCUGGGUGCGGUUCAUCAUCUGGCUGGUCAUUGGUUACCUAAUCUACUUCAUGUACGGCAUCCGAAACAGCUCAUUGAAUGAGAAGAACGUGAAGACGUCAGUCAACGGGAACAGCAACGGCAAGACUGACACUAAACAUAUCACCACCAAGUUCUGAUGGGGUUACCAAUAGAAAUAAUUCAUUAAGUAUGUAAAAAAAGCCAGAAGGUGAACCCAGAGAAUUAUGAGGUAUACUGUAUAAAAAAUAGCUUGAUUAUAAUGGCAGCUGUCAGAAAAGUAUUUUUCUGGUGUCUCUGUCACACUAGGCUGUGUAUAUAUCUGUCCUGCUCAAUCGAGUGCAAAAUCAAGUUAUUUUUAAUGGGGUUAAUUAUAUCAUAUGAUUAUGACCUAAAGAGGUACUUAAGUAAUAUUAAUAUCACAGCCUGGACACUCCAUACAAAAAUCUACUGUGCCGCCUAACGCUUAGGAACGAGCGAGAUGGUCAGACAAGACACUCCAUACGAAAAUCUAUUGUGCCACCUAACGCUUAAGAGCGAGCGAGAUAUUCAAUAUUCCGCACGUGCUCUCUUACUCCUCAACGGCUUACGGCCAUUUAGACUAAAGUGAGACCCAGCGGGGAUGAAGUAACUAGCUUGGCACCGAUAUAAAUUGGUGCGUGGCGGAGUGUCCGUUCUGUACAUAGUAUUAUUCUUUAUUCUAUGGUUAUGUAUCUGUAUGAUACAUGUAUACAGGUAUUGGCCGAAGCAUAGCACAUAUGGUCACGAGUGGUCACUAAUAUGUAUACACUUUGAAACCAUGUCACAUUAACUUUUUUGACAAAUUAAACCGUAAGUCUCAUUAAAUGUCAAAUAUGAUAGUGCGACAGGGUUCUAAAGUGUGUACAUGAUAUUGCUCAUGACUGUACCUCACAGAAUAGUUUAGUUUUAAAAAGGAAUUGUUUUAUAUUGGAGCCGUGGUAGCCUAGUUGGUAGAACGCUUGCCUCUCACUUUGAAGUCGCAGGUUCGAAUCCAGCACAGGCCUAAAUUUAUUGUUGAAUUAUGUUCGAAUUCAUGUUUGGAUCAUAAAUGAUUACCACGUGCUCAGCGGUGAAGGAAAACAUCGUGAGGAAACCCGAAACCCACAUUCCCGAGAAAUGCAUUUUCGGAGUUAUGUGACAUAACCUGUAUUGGGCUGGUUUUCCCUUCGCAGGUUGGAAGGUCAGACAGGCGCUUCUGUAAAAAACCGGACCUGUCAAAUCUUCAGGUUAGGUCUGCGGACCCUGUGAAAGAGAAUAAUGCUAGGGAGAUGAUGAUGAUGAUGAAAAAGGAAUUGUUUUAGAAUAUCUUGCCUAUAGAAAAGUAGUUAAAUACCCCACAAACUGUAUUCGAUGUUAAAACAAGGUACUUAGUAGAAAAUGUUCCUGAAGUGAAGUUCAAGAGAUGGUCUCUCUCACACUCUUUCCAUGAGACACUGUCCAUAGAUAAUAAAAAAAUAUGCUACAAUGAAAUUAAUGUAAUUAUUUAAUAUCUAUGGAUUAGUGUCAUAGUAUGGUCGCGACUGUAAAGGUAGGAAAGUGUUAUAUUAAAAAUAUUUUAUUUAUUUAUAAAAUACUUGUGACUUACAUAACAGGGAUAAUGAGUUAGGCUGCCUGUCCAUCGGAGCGGAGCGAGGCAUCGGAGAGGAGAAACAUUAACUUAUACAGGGAGUUGCGAACUCGUGUUUGGAUCAUAAAUGAUUAUCACGUGCCCAACGGUGAAGAAAAACAUCUUGAGGAAACCCACAUUCCCGAGAAAUGCAUGGUUUUCCCUUCGCGGGUUGGAAGGUCAGACAGGCAGUCGCUUCUGUAAAAAAGCGGACCUGUCAAAUCUUCAGGUUAGGUAAGCGGACCCCGUGAAAAACGGGAUAAUGCUAGGGAUAGCAUUAUAGGGUCCGCUUACCUAACUUGAAUAUUUGACAGGUCCGGUUUUUUUGCUUAGCUCCCGCUGAUGAUGAAGUUUUAAUUUUAAUACAACUUCCUCUCUUCCCUUCAACGUUGGUGUGCCCACCAGGGUCCAUGUUUUAGUUCCUAUAACUAUGUAACACCCGAUUGUACUACAUGGAAUGCAAUAAAUAAUUGGUAAGCGGACCCUAAAACGGGAUAAUGCUAGGGGGAAGAAAAGAAAAAAAAUAAAGAGAUAAAGAGUUUUUGUAUUGUAUGGUAAGACAGGGAGUUGUGAACUAGUUGGCGCAAUCCUAUUGGUUACUAUUUCUCCGUUAAUCCGCUGUCUCGCUUCACGCGGGGACAGGCAGCCUUAGGCGAUUCUCACACUGCCCCGCAUGAUGCAGCGUAGAAAAUGCAUCCGCAUGAACGCGCGUGGAUGCAUUUUCUGUGUGUUAGACCGUGCGUGUUUUCUAUACAAACGGAUAUAUUUACAAGCAACGGAAGAACACGCAUCCACGCGCUACGCUGCAUCUUGCGGGGCAGUGUGAGAAUCGCCUUAGGCAGGGUUUGAAAGCGGUUAUGGUAUAAAAGCGGUUACCUUACGCUUUCAUAGCCUGGCGGUAGUAUUGUAUAUUAAUAUAUUUUAUAACGGCUGAGCCGUAUAGUAUGUAUUUGUGUUGUAACUGUGUGACAGUGAUUUUGGGAUUGUGACAUGGUGUUGUGGCUGUCAUAAUUUAAAUUUUGAGCCUGAUUCUACUGAUCUGCCAGAUCAGGGGGGUUGAAAACACCACAUCGAAGCAAUUCAUCCAAAAAAGCAGUAAUACUAAUUAACUAAAUUGAAGAAUUGGGAUACAUUCGUGAUCUUAUGUUAAAGAAUAGUCAGAAGAUCAUGAUAUGGACGUAUUAUAAUAUAUGAUCUGUGAUAUGGACACACUCAGUCAUGACCUUAUGUUACGUUUUGUAUGCUGUGUAAGUUCUUACACAACUUUUUGUGUUUUAUUUAACAGUCAUUAGUUUUAAAGUCUGAACCGAACAUCGUCCCUGACGUCGCUAACUGACGUAUCUAAUGUUUUUUGCAAAUACGUCAGUUCGCAAAGUCAGCCACGAUUUAAUCACUUAAGGUGCGUUUCCACAGAAGUGGAGCUGCGCGGAGUUGAGCGGAGCGGAGCCGUGAAUUUUUAGAAGUCUCUGCUUAGCUCCGCGCAGCUCUGCUUCUGUGGAAACGCACACUUACAGUCACGUCACGAUGUCACAGUCCACUCCCAGCCAUUCCAUUAGUAUAUACACUAGUUGUAACGAUUUGUGAUGUUUAACUUAGUGUAAACUUAGCUGUAAGUAUUAACAAACUGUGAUUUAUUGAGAAGUUGAAUAUUGUGAAGAAUAACGUAAUUUAAUGAUUUAAUAAAUGCUAUGAUGGUA